CUUAUCAUGAAAAUUCGCGGGAGCCUUCCGAUGCCCGAGAAAUGCCGCCGUGCGUCGCGAGGUGUUUUCGGCAGUGACAAGACGCUGCUACCUUGGUCGUGCUCGGAUCGGAGACCGGUCAUCGAUCAGCGCCGAUGAGAUCGGACUUACACAGCAUCACCGCCACUACCGUGACAAUCCGACGUGCUCAAUCGAGCAGCCAAACAGCCAGGAUGAGGUUAUUCGCACAGACUCCCACUUUCCCCGCGAACGAUGCAUCCGUCUCCCUACGAGCGGCCCCUCGCUCGCUCUGCACCUCCACCAGUGCCCUCGAUCGAAGAGACACUCGUCCCGUCUCAGGCCCAGCGACACCUACUUAAUAGAGCCUCCAAACGCGUCCGGGGCGAGAUCGCCUGUGCGGAGUGCCGCCGCCUGAAGAUACGCUGCGACAAAACGGUGCCGUGCUCUACCUGCGUGAAACGGUGCGUUAUAACGACGCGCUUUUUCGCUAUCACGCUCAUGGCAACACCCGCGACUGCGCAGCGGCUGCGCGGCAUUGUGUCCGAAUGGUACGAUACCGCCCGGAGACAGCAGUCGCUUUGUGCUGGCCGCGACGGAGCACCUCGAGCUGAAACUAGCGCAAAUGGAGGCCCGGAAGCACUCCCUCGAGGACGCGCUUGCCAUCCUCAGCGACAAGCCGCAUCCACUCCUUAACAUGCCUGAAACCAAAGAUGACGAAGACGCCGAAUUUCUGGACGAUGCUGCGCUCAAACUCAAGGCAGUAGAUGAUGCUUCAGAAUCCGCGGUGGAAGCGAUCGGAGCCUUGCACAUCGACGGGAAGGGUGUAUCUCGCUUCUUUGGCCCUUCUGGUGGUUCUGAGAGCCUCCUUCUCCAAGCCGAAAGUGUCGAGAAACAGCGGACACCCCACCUGCUGAGAGAACUCGACACGUCCUACCUCCCACCCGAGAUCCUGCACUGUUCGUCUGCGUUCCCGUUCAUGCCGCCCGGGUUUUCACGCGAGCCCAUACAAGAGAUGAUAGAAUCAUUCCUUCCGCCAAUGGGCCGCGCAGUCGCUCUCUGCGAGACGUUUCUCGAGCAUCUCUCUUGGAUGUUCCACAUCGUGUCUCGGCGACAACUUUUCGAGGAGCUGAUACCUGCGAUCUAUAAAAGGUCCUACACCGUGUACGGUCUUCACGACCUCGCUGUGCUUCUUAUCACUCUGGGAAUCGGGGCCCUGGUGGACCUUGAGCAGCAGCCGUACAAUCUGGAAGCGCAGCACUACUAUCGGCUGGCACGCGCCGCGUUGAUGCUCCAGUCGGUCAUGUCCGAAGCUUCCAUAGUUACCAUCAAAACAUUGCAUCUCAUGAGCAUCUACAACGGGUUAAGUGGGAAAGAAUCCAACAUGGAGGCGUCGUAUGGAUUUCUUGACAUGGCUUGUCAAGUCGCGCUAAUGACGGGAAUGCACAUUGACCCUUCGAUGUGGGGAUUUCGCGGCCAGCAGGCGUACGAUCGACGGAUCUACUUCUGGAAUCUCUGCGUCGCCAUGCUCUGGCAGGUGAGUCAUACAUGUUAUCAGGUAAUGAGGCACGUUCUGAACCAGGCAGAGUCUUGUAACUGGCCGGCCGCCAUCCAUUUUGUCACAGUACAUCGACUGUCGAAUCCCCACAGAGGAGGAAGAGGAUAUGUACGGGGGCGGGGGUCCCCCUACUGGGCGUAGGUCCAGUGCCCCGAUUAUAGGAGAUCGAUUCUGAUUCGCAACACAGUUGGUGCAUGGGGACAUCGCGUCUCGCAUCACUGUUUGUUGCCCGUCGUCCGCAUUACCCUAGCCGUCAAAACGCCCGCCUACGAGCAGGUGCUCGCUCUCGAUGAGAAGCUGCGCAAUCUGGUGCAGCCUCUCCCAAAUAGUGACGACGAGGGAACCGCUAUCUCCAUGAAGAAGUAAGUGGCCACGGGCUGACCAGAGUUGAUAUUUUGAUUGCGUCUCCAGCUUCAUUCGCUCUCAUUAUCGUGACCUGAUGUCACUGUUCUUGCAUCGGGCGUUCUUCGCACAGGCUAUGAUGGAUCGUGAUAUCUCGCCAUGCAAGAGCCCUUUCCUGCAUUCGGUUCUCGCAGCAUAUCACGCCGCAUGUACAGUCCUCGAAGACACCGUGGAGCAAUUCUCCAAGAAGCCCUUGCUCGUCGCACGGGUCUGGCGGAUCUGGUCUCUGGCUUUCUCGGCGUCUGUCGUGAUCGGCACGAUGGCGAUACGGGGAACCAAUCUCAAUCUCAAUCCUCCGCCGUUACCUCAGUUCCAGAUUGCAUGUUCGGUCUUUCGGAGUGCUGCGGAGACCAGUAACCGUGCCGCUCGCGCAUUGCCUAUUCUCCAAUCUAUGCUGAACAAAGCUCAUCAUGCCCACCAGCUUUAUCUGGGCGAGACUCGCGUUCCUCUAAGAGGUUCAGACGAGGAGAUUUCAGUCUUCAGCGGUCGCGUGUCCCAGCCCAAGAAAGUGCUCGACCCCAGUCCCGACCCGAAGAGUGAUGCAUCCUGCUACAACCCUCCCUCAAGUCACCAUAGAAUUGAUCGUGAAGUGCCCUAUCGUGAUUGUGUCGAUCACGAAUUGGGAGAGCUGGGGGCCAUGGGCGAUCGCUGGGAGUCGUUUAUGCACCACUCUGAUGUAUUUGGGACGUGAAAGACGGCCUGGAAUACAGAGUGUACAUUUGUUCACGUACUGCUGCUCAUCCCGCUCAUCACCUCGUACAUACCCUCGACCCGUCUCUUGCUGAGCACUUCACUCCAGAAUCGCAUGAUCGGUUCCCACUCGUUUCUCGAGGCGGGCAUACCACCCUGAGCAUUCAUUUUGUGUUCGACGACACGGUCAAAGGCCUUCCUGAAGGGAGCUAGCUCGGUAGCAGGCAUCGCAGCGGGGCGGUAGGCUACGAGAACGGGCGUCAGGCUCCGCGCCGUCAGUGUAGGGAACGAGAGCAGUGGCCCGGAGACGGUUGUGAUAGAUCCCAGCGUUUCUCGGUGUCUCCGUACUCCGUACUCAGCAGCGACGCUACCGCCUUGUGCAAAGCCGAAAAGAUGGAUGCGGUUGGUGGGCCAAGUGCAGUCGUCCGUGAGGUGCUGGAAUAUACUGUCUAAGAGAUCGAGGGCGGGAGUUGGGUUGGGGCGGGGGAGAAGGUCGCCGAGGGGAUCAAAGGAGGUGUACCAUUCGAACGCGUCUUCAUAGAGAAAGGGAACU